UCUCUCUCUCUUUCGCUUAGUUUGACGAUAGGUUGGUCUUAGGAGUGAUGUCACCCACUUCACUCCCGCAUGCACACAAAUUCCACUAGCAGUGUGUGUCUCGCAGUGCGCGCUGCCUCUUGUGCGUAACUGGCGACACAAGGCUUUAACAAAAAAGAAAAAUACAGCACUGCGCACGGGAAAGACCGAGAGUUAACAGAAACAAAAUGUUGCUAAUGCUCCUGGAACGUUAGCCUAACAUGUAGACUUACUUAUCUGGUUUCCGGACUUUAUAGUGGCAACAACUUACUGGAUACGUUGUGGCCACGGAGCGAGCUGGGCUUGUGUCGCCAACAUUUCGCGGACCCUCUAUGGAACUGAAGAUGAGAGCAGCUCGCCAGGACGCAAUGGGCCCUCGGGUAUUUUACCAAUGUGCUCUAUAUCUGUUCACACAACCUAACGCACAGCGCGUCUCCACUGAUUGCAUUCUCUAGGACUAAUGACUUUAUCAACAUUUGAAUGCUUCCAAGUUAAGUGUUUUGGGGCGGAAAGGCACACACUAAAAAUUUACCAAGAGAAGAUGCGUUCAGGAUGGAUGUAGCCAAGUUUACCACCGUUACCAAUACCUCGCAGGAUACCAACACCUCGAGCGCCCCAAGACCUCUCCCGCAAACGGGGGUGGGCUCCGCGCUCAUAAUCCUUGUGGUCACCGUGAUCAUUCUGGUCACCAUCGUCGGUAACGCGCUGGUCAUCGUGGCCGUGCUCACCAGCCGGGCUCUCCGCGCCCCCCAGAACCUUUUCCUGGUGUCCCUGGCGUGCGCAGACAUCCUCGUGGCGACACUGGUCAUCCCGUUCUCCCUUGCCAAUGAGGUCAUGGGUUACUGGUACUUUGGGAGCACCUGGUGCGCCUUUUAUCUGGCACUGGACGUCCUCUUCUGCACCUCCUCCAUAGUCCACCUGUGCGCCAUCAGUCUGGACCGCUACUGGUCAGUCACCAAGGCCGUGAGCUACAACCUGAAGCGGACCCCCAAGCGAAUCAAGUCCAUGAUAGCCGUGGUGUGGGUCAUCUCCGCCGUCAUCUCCUUCCCACCUCUCAUCAUGACCAAGCACAACGAGCAUGAGUGUCUGUUAAACAACGAGACCUGGUACAUCCUAUCUUCUUGCCUCGUGUCCUUCUUCGCCCCGGGCCUCAUCAUGAUCCUGGUGUACUGUAAAAUCUAUAAAGUGGCCAAGCAGCGCUCCUCCACCGUGUUCGUGGCUAAGACCGGCCUGGAGAGGCAGCCCUCUCAGUCCGAGACGUGCUUCGUGAGGAAGGAGCGGAUGGAGAUGGAGAGCCCCAGUAGCCAGAGCUCCGAGGACCACCACAGGCAGGAGGAGCUGGAUUAUAUCGACUUGGAGGAGAGCUGCUGUGCGUCGGACAACAAACCACGGAACCACCGCUUCUCCAAGCGUAGGAAGGUGGAGGUCUCGGACUGCUGCCCGCCACAGAGCUGCCGUCUCUCCUGGGCCUCAGCGCGCGCCUCGCAGCUUUUCCAAGAACCCCAAAACGCUACCAACGCGACCCUGGUGGCCCAGCGACAUCACCUCGCGGCACAUCGGCAUCACCUCGUGGCGGCUGCGUCCAAGACUAAAGUGGCCCAGAUGCGCGAGAAGCGCUUCACGUUCGUGCUGGCCGUGGUGAUGGGGGUGUUCGUGCUCUGCUGGUUCCCUUUCUUUUUCACAUACAGCCUGCACGCGAUCUGCAGGGAGAGCUGCUACAUACCCGGCGCGCUCUUCAACGCCUUCUUCUGGAUUGGCUACUGUAACAGCUCAGUGAACCCUAUGAUAUAUACCAUUUUCAACAGGGAUUUCCGUAAAGCGUUUAAGAAAAUCGUAUGCCGGACUUCAAAACGCACUAAUACCACUUGAAAAGAAGGGUCACUUUGAAGCUGUGACUGACUGUCUGUGCGUCACUGCUCAUCGAAACAGACGUCAGUUCUUCACCUAAGCACGCAUCCCUGCACCUCUGAAUGACUAUAUUCGUUCCAAAAGGAACGUUUUUAUUUAAUAAUAAUAAUAAUAAUAUGAUAUCAAAAUAUCUCGUGUUGUGCGCUAAUGUGUGAAUAUUAGAAACAAUGUACAGAGGAAAUAGGAUAUAUCAAACAAAAGCUAAAUAGAGUAUUGUCAUUGAUGAUUUUGACCCCUGCUUUCAAAGUUAGGAAUUCGUUUAAUAUUCAGUGAGGUAACUCAUAUAUUUAGGCCACAGCAUAAUAAUUCCAGGGCCUUUUUACGACCCGUUCUUUUCUGUACUUUCAUUAAUCUUUUAUGUCCCAUAAAGAUAUGAAAAAAAUCUAGUUCAGAGUAAAAGUGAAGUCAUAACCCAGAUUUCGAGGCUGAUGGAGCUGUGUGUGUGGCACUGAGAGGUUUCGGUUUUUCAAAAAAAAUAUUCAUCAAACUGUCAUCAAUAAGACAUGAGAGAGACUGAGUUGACAUACAUUUUUUUUUUACUUUGACUUUUUCAAAGAAUCUCAAAACGCAUAAAAAGUCAAAUAACAAAACAAAAAGUUGAAAUUAUAGAAAUUGAAAGUGUCCGUCGGCUUCGGAUGAAGUUGAGGCAGUUUGGGCUGGAAAGGCAGUGUAGGUUCAGUGUACAGUAGGUUCACACUGUACACGGUUGUAGCAUCUACUUAGGCAUUUCUUUCAUGAGUAGCCAAACUAGUUAGGAAUGGCUGCAAUUGCUUGGUCAAGUUUAAUAGAGAUGUGUCAAAAUGUAAUUCACUUUCACUUUCAAUCCAUUAUCUAAAACGGUAUCCGAUUAUGACUGAUGUCAGGUGGGUUGAUGACACAGAUCUCUUUGAGUGGGCUUCGGGUCUCCCUCAUCGCUGAACCCCCAAAUGCAUCCGCUGUUGUCCGUGGUGCUGAAACGCCGCGCACUACGCCGAUGGCACUAUGCUGUGACGCGAAUGCGUGACAUGGCAUAUUCAAUGGUUUGCAAAACCAUAUAUGAACUGUUAUCAAUCAGAAAAAUCUAGUGAUAUGGGAAUAUAUCUCAUGAUAUCGUGCCUCAUUUAAACACUGUGUGUAAGCAGAUAGAUCGAUCACGCUUGGCACUUUUGCUAAAAUGAAUGUAUCCUCAUAAGUGAUGAGAAAUGAAGAUUGGUAGAAAUUGCCUAUGGUAUGAGCCACCUUCAUAGCAUAAACACAAUCUAACAUGAUUUAUGCUGCAAUUAUUUUAAUCUUCAGCCAAAUAAGAAGCUAUUGGCCAGAAGAUUAAAAACAGACCUUGAAAUCAUUACUCAGACAUUAUUGAGUGGGCUCCAUGUUUUAACCUUUGGAAAUAGAAAACUCGUGUCACUACAAAUGUGUCACUACAUGCUCCAUAAUUGUGUGUGUGUGUGUGUGUGUGUGUGUGUGUGUGUGUGUGUGUGUGUGUCACAGGCGGCUGGUGGCACCAUCAUUGGGGAGGACAGGCUAGAACGGCAUGUACUUAGCGGUAUAAAACACAUCAAACACAUAGCUUGAUACCAAUCCAUUCACUCCAUUCCAGCCAUUUAUAUUAGCUAUCCUUCCUUUUACCAGCCUCACCAUGUGUGCGUGUGAGAGACAGAGAGACAAAGAGAGAGAGAGAGGGAGAGAGAGAGAGAGAGACAAAGAGAGAGAGAGAAAGAGUGAGAGAGAGAGAGAGAGAGACAAA